AUGGCUCCCAUUCGAAAUGCUGCUGUCAUCUUCGCUGAAGUUCCCACUGGUUAUCCGGAGGCCGAUAAACACCUCAAAUAUGUCACAGAUCGAACAAUCGACAUCGAUACUGUCGAUACACAAGGUGGCGUCGUCACGAAGAACCUUAUCAUUUCAAUUGAUCCAUACAUGCGAGGUCGAAUGCGACCACCUGGAACGCCAAGCUAUAUAUCUCUGUUUGAACUCGGCAAACCGUUGGUCAAUUUUUUUGUCGGUAAAGUCGUGAAAUCGGAUAAUGACAAAUACAAAGUCGAUCAAAUCGUCAAUGGAUUUGGAGGCUAUGAAGAAUACACAAUUCAUCCGAAAGCUCAAGCCGAAGUACUUCGUAUUCUCACCGACGAAGAACUCAAGCUCGGUUUACCUCUGACAACAUGGGUCGGAGCUGUUGGAAUGCCUGGACAAACCGCCUUCUAUGGUUUCUAUCACAUUGGAGAACCGAAAAAGGGCGAUACAAUCUUCAUUACGGGAGCUUCAGGAGCUGUCGGGCAAAUUGUCGGACAACUCGGUGAGUUGAUUAAUGAGAACAAUCGAAGUUAA